GUCGGGCUGACACAUCAGCGACCGUUGGAGGAAGGGGCGAUGGAAGGUACGGGCUUGGCCGGCGGCAAAAACGCCAAAGCGGCCGUUCCCCACCCGCUGUCGAAGGACGUGUUGGGUUUUGAGGAAGACGAUGAUGACGAUGACUUGGAGGUGUUCAGUAAGGAUGCUAGCUUCACUGAUGCCAGUUCGUUCAGUAUCUCCAUGCAGACUUCUCCAUCUUCUAUGAUUAAUCAGCAUACUUUGGAUGAUGAACCUGACAGCAAAGAUAUUUUUGUCACGGUUGACGACCCAGCAAAUCAUGUUACAACACUUGAAACAUUUGUCACUUACAGAAUUAUUACAAAGACAACUCGAAGUGAGUUUGACUCCUGUGAGUAUGAGGUUCGUAGACGUUACCAAGAUUUCUUGUGGCUAAAGGACAAACUUGAAGAAGCUCAUGCUACUUUAAUUGUUCCUCCAUUGCCAGAGAAAUUUGUAAUGAGAGGUAUGGUGGAACGCUUCAAUGAAGAUUUCGUAGCAACGCGACAGAAGGCACUACAUAAAUUUUUAAACAGAAUUGCUGACCACCCCACUCUGUCUUUUAGUGAAAAUUUCAAAAUAUUUCUAACAGUACAGGAUUUAGCAUCUCACAAGAAACUUGGUCCAGGAUUCAUCAGUAAAAUGGGAGAAACAGUCAAGGCUGUUGCUAACACGGUCAGAACUAUUAAGAAUCGACCAGAUGAAUUCACAGCAAAGAGUGACUAUGUGGAUGUUUUCCGUCAGAAAAUGGGAACUUUGGAUAAAAUAAGCCAAAGAAUUUUAAAGGAGCUGAAAGAGCACUUGACUGAGAUGAAGGAAUACGGUCCCAUUUAUACUCUAUGGUCAGAAUCUGAACAGGAUUUGGCUGAACCUUUGAAAGGAGUAGCUAGUUCUAUUGAAAACUGCUGCAAGGCUAUUGAAGGACUUACAAUAGGCCUCUCGGAGGAUUUGCUUCCUGCUUUGCAUGAAUAUGUUCUAUGUGCAGAAACUCUGAAGUCAGUGCUGAAAAGAAGAGACUUAAUUCAGGCAAAUUAUGAAUCACAGGUCGAUGCUUUAACUAAUAAAAAAGCUGAUCGAGAAAUGCUGGAGCACUCUGACCUAAGUUUUACAUUUGGUGCAUUCUUGGGUAAAAACGCAGAGGAAAUGAAGCUGCAGAAACAGCAGAAGAUUGAUCGUGAAAUUGAGGAGUAACACUACAAGCUGAGUCAUAUAGUUUUUCCAGUGGACGACAGUGAGGAAUGCAGAUGCUGGAGAUCAAGAGUAGAGACUGUGGUCCUAGAAAAGCUCAACAGAUCAGACAGCAUCCGAGGAGCAGGAGAGUUGACGUUUCAGGCAAAAGCCCUUCAUCCAGGAAUCCAGUUUUUCCAUUGUAAAUUUCACAGCUCCAAUUUAUAAUGUUACUGUAUUGCAAAAUGUUUGAAACUGGAUUUCAUGAUUUUCUUGGUGUUUGUUGUGUGUAAUAGUUUAUUCGGUGAGGAAAAUGUAAAGAAAAAUUGGUGAUUUUUCUCAACGUCACUAGUUAUGGAGAACAAUUCAACUUUCCAAUAUUGAUGCAAGCACUGGUACUAUUUGCAUACCCUGCAAAAAAUACUAAUAUAUGAAGAAAACUUAAAUGGUUAUUACAUUGACAGUAGUCAUGACUUUGCAACAAAAGUGUGUCUGGAUACAGUUUGGAUUUUAACAAUCGGUUUUGAAUCGGCUUUUCUAUGUAUGCACAAUACCAGUUAUGAAUCCAAGUGCUGGAAAGAACCUCUAUGUAUUGCAAACAUUUCUAAUUCUUAUGGGAUCAGAACACAGUAGGAUGGUAUAAUGCUAUUGAAAUGAUAAUCCAGAGGCCUGGAUUAAUGAUCUGGAGCAUGAAUUCACAUCUGACUACAGCAAUUAAAUAAAUUCAAACAUUAAUUAAAAUUAAUAGUAUGAAGUAUAUAUUCUCCUUCAUGGUGACCCUGACUACUGGAUUGUCAUUAAAGAAAAAAUAUAUAAUUUGUUUAUGUCCUUGAGAGAAGAAAAUCUUCAGUCUUUAACUGAUUCAGCCUGUAUAUCUAGCCUCAUAGCAAUUGACUUAGUUCUGAAAUAGCCCAGAAAGCCACUCUGUUAUGUUCAAGGAAAUGGCUCACUGCCAUUUCAGCAUUUAGGGUUGGAUAAUAAAUUCUGGCUUUGCCAGCGACACCUACAUCCCAUCAAGGUAAUAAAAACAAAAUUCAAAAUUAACUUCAAGAGAAUUGUACAAUUUCACAAAAAUAAAUAAUUGGAGUAAUGACUCAAUCCACGCAAUCUUAGCCAAGAUUUGUUUUGAACAAAAAUAAAUUAAUUGUAUUGGGGGAGUGUUUCAGUAUUUCCCUGCAAUAGUGAGAUUGAUGAUACACUGUAAACCUGGCUAGCUGGCAAGCCAUUGCAUCUGUAUUUUCCAAUGUCAGUUAUUUCGGUUGGUUUGAUGACUGGUUUGUGAUACUGUGACACCAUUCAAUAAAUCCCAUACAGGAUUCAAUUCCCGAACCAGUUAAACUUACCAUAAAGAUCCCUCCCUUUCAACCUCUCCCCUCACCUGAGGUAUGGUGACCUUCGGGUUGACGUCAGUCGUCUCUCUCUUGCGCGCUCUCUGUUGUGAGAGAGCACCAUUGUGGACCUCUGGGACUGUAGGUACUUACUAUUUUUUCAGCUAACUAUAUGUCAGCGAGUAAACAGUCUUAUAGUUGUGGCCAUUGAAUGACAGCACUAUUCACAGUCAGAGAUGUUUAGAUACUUUUCUGUCAGUUUAAAUUGCAACUUCCGAGAGAGAAAAGUAGAUUGCUAUGUCUGAAAAUCUAUAUUUUAACAACAAAAUAGUGGCUAAAAUAUUUAUAAUGUGCUUGUACCAGGCAUAAUUGUAGUAAGAAAAGCUAUUUUAAUCAGGUUACAUGAUCUAAAUUUUAAUUAAAUCUGAAUGAGGUUUUCUUCCUAUAAAUGGCAUAGCCCCUUGUUACUCCAUUAUUGAGCAGAUAACCAAAUCCAACCAAAAUAGAGCGACAGACAUUGUCAGAGUGAAGGGUUUGCAAUGUCUCUUUAUGCACCAUUAUUUGCUAAUUUGGCUUCCACAGAAAUGCUAAUCUAUAUAUUUGUGUAUUUUUUAAGGGGUGGUCUUUUCAGAGGGAAAUCAUAAUUCAUUGCCAUCAGUAUUUUACUUGUAAUUAAAGUAAACAUGUUACAUAUCCCUUUCAGAGGAAAGGGUGAUGUUGGAUGUCAGAUCCUGUUCAGCUCAUCAUUGAAUCUUUUGUAAGGUAUAUGAAGUGCAAUGUUUAUUAAUAGUAUUAAGAGUGUGGUAAGGUAAACAAGUUGCAAUAAUAAAUAUUUAAUAAGAGAGCAAGAAAAUUCACGUUUUAAGUAAAGAAAUACCAAUAUAGAAACAACUGCAUAAAUGAAAAUGAAAAGUAGACAGCUUGUUUUCCAUAAACAUUUUCUCAUGGCUUUGGAUACAGAAAGAAUAGUUGGUCUAUAUUUGAAGAGCUGUGACUUUUUAAAUUUCAGAAGACAAGAGGACAUAAGGCAAUGAAAGCUUAAUGUUACCUAUUGGCCAAGCAUGCUGGUGUUUUACCAUCCUGGAUUGCUUAUUAGUACACUGUCUUCAAAGUGAUGUACCACACAUGACACCUUGGUCAACUGCUUUUGUAUGUUAGUAGUGGUUAGUAAUAACAGUGAGGCUGAUCACUAUCACUAUGGAGUAAAUUGGACAACAAACUUCCAAAACGCACCUUAUGUUAAACAUGGAAAUAUGUAAUCUAUUGUCACAGACACUCUGCUCUAACCAAUACCCUGCAACAGUCCUUGCCAAUGGACUCAGAACUGAAGUGCAUUAAAUUACAGUAUUACCCACUCAUCCUCACUUAAGACAACAGAAAACAUUGUGGCAAUUCAGGGGUAACUCACUUUUUCAUAGCAUAAGUGAUGGAAUCUUUUUUACUUCAAAUUAAUUUAUAUUGGAGACUUUCUUUUCGAUUUCUGUGUUUCUCUUUCUCAACCCUGUCUUUCCCCACCUUGAAUCUUCAACAGUUGUUUUUCUUGUUUAGAUUUGACUUAUGCAAUUAAAGUUCUAAAUAUAUCUAGUUGUGUGUAUGCAUGUUGUUUUGUAGCAGUGUUGAG